AGCGUCCAUAGACUGCUUGUGUAAUAGUAAUCUACCGGCAAACAUACCAAACAUCUGAUAACCGAUAGUGGUUCUCUUGGCACGUUUCGCGCGUUUGGGCCAAAUUUUUGCCCUGCGGCCUCUAGGGCAAGAAACAUUUUUGUUUGCUGAUCCUGCAAGUCGAAGAAGAGCCACCACACUCGACGUCCUCGCCAACCUCACUAUACCUUUCGUCCCUCGACCACAAGAUGUCUUCCGACGAAAUCGUCUGGCAAGUCAUCAAUCAGCAGUUCUGCUCAUUUAAAUUAAAACUCACCACCAAGACCCAGAACUUCUGCCGCAAUGAACAUAACCUAACCGGUUUCUGCAACCGACAGUCCUGCCCACUAGCCAAUUCUCGCUACGCUACUGUCCGACCCGACCCUGAAACUGGGGCACUAUGUUUGUUCAUCAAGAGCCCCGAGCGCACACAUCUGCCGUCGAAAUGGUGGGAGAAGAUUCGGUUGCCGAAUAACUACGAAAAGGCACUGGCCCAGAUCGACGAGAAAUUGAUGUACUGGCCGAAAUUCUAUGUUCAUAAGUGCAAGCAACGUCUCACGCGGUUGACUCAAGUGGCGAUCCGGCAGCGGAGGAUUGCCAAAGAGGAGGAGAGACUGGGCGAGAAACUUGUGCCGAGACUCGCGCCUAAGAUCCGACGUAGGGAGGAGACGAGAGAACGGAAGGCGGAGAGCGCUGCGAAGGUCGAGAGGGCGAUCGAGCGCGAAUUGAUCGAUCGAUUGAGGAGCGGUGCGUAUGGUGAUCGACCGAUCAAUGUCGAGGAGGGGGUGUGGAAGAAGGUGCUUAGAGGUCUUGAGCGGGCUGAGCGCGGAGAAGAGGAGGCCGACCAAGAGGUCGAGGAAGAACUCGAGGCUGAAGGCGAGGUCGAGUAUGUUUCCGACCUCGAUGAGAGUGAGGUUGAGAACGAGAUGGAGGAUUUCGACGACUGGAUUGGCCAAGAAAGUCCAGAAGAGGCGGAUUUCUCGGGAAGUGAGGACGACGAAGGGUCGGACGAUAGUGAAGUGACGGGCGAAGAGAGCGAUGAGGAAGAUGAAGAUACGGCACCAGGGAAGAAGAGGAAACGAGCUGCACCGCCUGCGAAGCCGAGGAAGAAGCAGGGUCGUGUGGAGAUUGAGUAUGAGACGGAACUUCCGCAGAAGCAGGCUGUGUAUGCCUGAGAGGCUUAUACAUGGAAUGAUGUUCACGAUAAUGAUGAUUGCAUCUGGUCGGCGUUGUGGUUACAAGCCCUGACGGAAAAAGGUACAGACGACAGUCCAAAAUCACAUAUCUUCUGGGCAUUCUUGCGCCAUUGGACGUC